AUGGAAGGAAACCGUAAACUAGUUAACAUCCACCGACAGGAUAUAAAUAAUAAUAAUCAAAAUAAUAAUAAUCGAAAUUAUGAAGAUCAAAUGAUUUCAACUUUGGCAAUCUCACCAGAUACUAAUAAUAAUUGUAAUAAUAAUAAUAAUAAUAAUAAUAGAAAGGAAAGAAAUUUUAUGGAAUUACCAAAUGAAGUAACAUUAAGAAUCAUUUCAUUAUUGGAUCCAAAUGAUAUUGGUAAUAUCUGUCAAACCAAUAGAACUCUAAAUAUGUUUUGUGAAGAGAAUAUUGUUUGGAAGGCAGUUUGUAAAAGAAAAUGGGCUCAUUCUCCAAUAUUCAAAAGAAGACCUAUCAAUAGUUGGAAAGAUUAUUAUUCAAAAAAAUUGACUCUUAUGAGUGAUAAAAAUGGAUUAUGUUGGAUUGAAAUUAAACCAUCAGGUGAAAGACCAUCACCAAGGUACCAAAAUACAAGUACAGUGGUUGGAAAAUAUAUUUAUUAUAUUGGAGGUCAGGAAAUACCAGAGAAAAGAUUCAAUGACAUUUUUAGAUUCGAUACAGAGUCUUAUACUUUUGAAAGAGUUAUUCCUCGUCAUGGAUUUCCACCCAAUUUUGCUAGACAUUCUGCAGUUUCAAUUGAUCAUAGAAUAUUCACUUUUGGUGGUUUCAAUGGUAUUAGUAAACAUUUUAAUCUUUGUAUUUUUGAUACAAAAUUGGAAUCAUGGGAAUAUAUUGAAUCAAGAGGAGAAACACCAAUACCAAGAACAAAUCAUUCAGCAACUGUCAUUGGAAAAUACAUGUAUAUCUAUGGUGGAAUGUACAAGGGAAAUAAUAAUCAACUCAUCUUUUUAGAUGAUCUAUUUUGCUUGGACACUGAAACAUUGAUUUGGAGAAAAAUCUAUGCCAAAGGUGAUAUCCCUCCAGCCAAAUGUGGACAUAAACUAAUGACAUUUGAUAACAAAUUAUUAUUAUUUGGUGGUGGUUAUGGUUUAGAAUGGGAAAAGAAAUAUAAUGAUGUUCAUAUUUAUGAUCCUUUAUUUAAUACAUGGACAAAAGUAAAUGUUAAAGGAAAUGCUCCAGUUUGUACUUUUACAAUUGUAUUUAACGCAGGUCCAUUUAUGUUUGUAUUUGGAGGACAAUCAUUGUCAGAUGAUUCUUUGACAAAUGAUUUAUAUCUAUUGGAUACUGUCAAUAUGGAAUGGAGUAGGAUCGAUGCUCCAAGUGCCCCACAUCCCCGAGACAUGGGUUCUGGAAACAUGGUUGGAUCUACCAUGUUUAUGUUUGGAGGAUACAAUGGAAGUGCAAUCGAUGAACUACAUGCUCUUAAAAUGGAAAAAAGAUUAGAAUUAUUAUUACCUUCUACCAGAUUAAGUCCAAUUUCUUAA